AUGGCAGCAGCAACUGCUGCUACUGCUGCUGUACCCGUCGCUGUGGAAGAAGUCUUUCCCGGCUAUACGUCCAUUGCCAGCCGUGGAAAGGCUUUCUUACGUGUUAUCGAUUUACCCGUCGCGCCUCCGGCGAUGCCUCGGCAGUCGGUAAGGUCACCUGGGGACCCUUCCUUUCGAGAACCCGAUGCUGCCCCUCUCCUUUCCGUACAUGAGGAUGUUGAAGUGAAUUCAGCAGCUGUUGCAGCUGCUGCAUAUGCUGUCGCUGAGGAGGGAAGUUCGCUAGAUGCAGCCCUUGGUCUGGGAGAAGUGCCGCAUCAGUCUCUAGAGGACUUUGAAGAAGAGGCAGAGGGCGGCACACAGAAUCGAGAGGAAUCGCUGAUUCUGCAUCCAGAAAGCCCGUGGCUUUGCAGCAAGUACAGCGCUGAGGCGAUUGCUCCCAGCAGCAGCCUAAACACUGGGAUUGGCGGCAGCAGCAGUGCUGGCAUCGACCCCCCUAAGGCAGAGGCAGAUCCAAAGGUAGCCGCAGCAGCUGCAGCACAACGAAAGGCUAGAGCGUCCUGCAUACGGAGGGCUCAGGACCUUGAGAAGGUGUGGCUCUUUGGCUGGGCGGCAUGGCUGCAGAGCCUCAACAGCAUAGUUUUAGAAGGCUGCAGUAGCAGCCGGAGCCAAGGCAGCUACAGCUGUACACCCCUGCUUCAGGGUGCUUGCCUUGCAUCGUAUAUAGCUUUUUGUACCAAGGCCCAAAAUCAGCAAGAUUCGCAAACUGUAGGGACUCAGCGAAGCCGGCGCCUGCUGCUGCAGCAUCUACAACAGUUGCAUCAGCAGGUCCUGCAAGCCAAAGCCACAGCAGAGGAAGCACAGCAACAUUUUGAUCAGCGCUCAGCACCACCAAGUCCAUGCAGCGCAGCAGUCGUGGGACAAGCACCAGCAACAACACAUGGUGCUGGUGGUCCGGAUACAAAAGUGGGGGAUUGCUACAUCCCAGCCGACGGUUUUGCUGCUUUCUGCUUUAUAGCAAGCUUCCAACUCCUGCCAGAUGGUCGCCUGCAGCACCCCUUCUUCUGUGCUUCUAUGCCACACGCUGCUGCUGCUGCUGCUGCAACGCGCAGGGCGCAACACGCACAGCAGCAUCUGCAGCAAGCUGCGGCGAUGGCCCUUGUCCCGAGACUCUCAGCUGAGCAAUCGGGUGCAUUCACGUCCGUUCAAAAGGGGGGAGCUGCGGGACUCCUUGCCGUGCCAUGCCACCGUGCCCUUGCAGGAGAGCAGCAAGCGAAGUGUGAACGCAUGCAGCAACAUCAGCAACCGCUAGUUAAGAGGGAAAAUUCAGGCAACCCUGCCAGCGGGGCCGCGGUGUUUCUAGAUCCUCUACUUCCACUUGCUUCUGGCCGCCGUCGCCCUUUCCCUUUUGGGUUCUCGUCUCUCCUGGCGAAGUCCUUGCGAGCUCUCAGUACCUGCAAGGCCCCGAGCGCUCUUUUGGCUGUUCUCUUUGUGGCCCUCUGUCGAGCGUUGGGCCUUACUGCUCGUCUUGUUGUGCAACUGCCGCCUGCAGGUCUCCGUAUACCUAAGACUGAAGCUGAGAGCGCGUGUCUCUCCCCGCCGCCGCAGGGCCUCGUCCGCCUCUUUGCAGCCGCGGGUCUGCCGAUCCCGCCGUUUGCAGCUGCAGCGAAGUCCCCGUGUGCGUCUGCAGCCGCAUCCACAGCCGCGGAGGGAGAGAGCUACGUGAACCAACGGAAAAAGGCCGCUGCACAACGCAGAGGGCCAUUGAUACACCAGGAAACCCCUCUGCAAGCCUGCCCGUACGACUCGCUCUUUACGAUUACAAAAGCAGCUACAGCAUCUUUAGCCAAGGCGGCCCCUCAGAUGCUUACAGCUGAUGGCCGAAUACGGGAGGCUCCUACACGCUUGUUGCCGCACCGGAGGCAGCGCCUUGAUACAAUAGGCGUAGCAGUAGCUGGCCAAGUAGGCAAGAACGUAGUUUUAUCACCUCUAAGUCGCAGCGAGACGCUGCAGCUGCUACAGCUGCCCGAGUCUUUGCAGGUUUGGGGGGAAUUUUUCUGCCCAACAAAGAAACGCUGGAUAGCUUGUGUAUUGAAGGGGCCGCACCACUCGAUAUACGAUGCCGCGGAUGUCCUUGCUGGUCGCCGCCCCCCGACGCCCUUUCUUAACGCAUCUGCCACUCCUUUUGGUGGCGUUUGCCCUGCUCGUGCAAGAGAUCUUGUCCAGGAGCAGCAAAAUAAACAGGUAGCGGCAGCAGCAGAGUGCGCUUCCUUCCUUACCAGCGGCCUGCUGCUUACUACCAAGCCAAAAAGACGCUUCCUUGCAGCAACCGGCAGCAGCAGUAGUAGCACUAGCAGCAGCGAGACUGAGGCUGAGGGGGCCGCAGCAGCAGGAAGCUCCAAGGCCCAGGCUACAGCAGCAACGGCUUCCACUUGCUCAUCAGGCAUCCCAGCUUGGACAGCAGCAACACGAGCAGAGACGGCACUAGGUUGUCGAAAAUUAUCACGUGGACUGUUGCGCUGGCCUCGUUACUGGGAUGCGGGGAGGUGGGGUAUCCUCUUUUUGCAUGCCGAUUACCUGGCCCUCAUUGUGUUUCCACAGCAGCAACAGCAACAGCAGCAACAGCAACAGCAGCAGGAGCGGGUACUCCGUUUGCCAUUGCUGCGCACAUUGCUGUGGCGGCUACAGGCAAAACUUGUAGAUCCUCCAUUGCAACUGCAGCAGCUCAUGCUUGCCGUUGCCGAUGCAACGGAAGGGAGGCCUUCUGGCAGCAGCAUCACUAGCACUAGCAGCGGCACCAUGAGCAGCGCCGUUGAUGCCCUUAUUGCAGCGCCGCAUGAGAUGGCGGAAGAGGCAGCGCUCAUUGCCGAUGAGUUUGCAGCUGCGUGGAAACAAUGUGGCAGCGGCAGCAGGAAGAAACGGAGCUGUGCAGCGUUGUUGGCGUGUGGCACCACGACACCUACGGGCAGCAGCAGGAGCAGCAACGACCAAAAUAAGUCUCCAACAGUUUAUGGAGGUGGCGAGCUGUUGGGUUCAGAUUUCCUUCGGGCCCGAAAACAAGCGAAGGGUAGACUGUUGCAGCCGAGGCUGUGCGCGGCGCCGCAGGAGGAAGCACAAAAGAAGCAGCAACAGCAGUCCAUCACGUCAGCCGCCGAAGCUUCAUUAGCAACCGCUGCGGCAGUGGUGCUGCAGGAUAGAGAAUCCUAUGUUCAAGAGGCACACGUGGAAGUGCGGGUUUUCCAGCCUUCGUUGCAGGGACAGGAGGAGCAACAUCAUCAGGAUCAACAGCAUUUAAAUUCUCCGGCGCUUGCGGGAGACCGUCAGAGUCGUGCAACAGUCCGUUUUGUUCUGGCCGUUGAGGCUUCCGGCACACUUAAAGACGUAACCCACAGAUACGUAUCGAGUCGGGGGGUUGCUAUUUUUGAGGGAGAGCCCGUUUUUCUCCGAAGGGACGUGGUUUUGCUGAAGACGGCAAGGCAGUGGCGACGCGAACACCGAAGAGUCAAAGAGGGCGAAGAGCCCCUUAAGACCCUAAAAGUGGGAGCGCUGCGGCCCCCUUCUGCGCAUCUUGCAUCCCUCUCCACUGCCCAAGUGCUGCGACGGUACCCGCACUUGUUGAGGCAGCAGCAACACGAACAGAGACAGCAGCAGCUCUCGCUACAACAAAUGUGGAGCCACCGUCGGCUUGCUUACACGGCAAAGAACCCAUGUCUCCGUGCUGCUCUCCAGAAGCAGGAAAGCCUGGUGCAGCCGCGCCAGCAGACGCAGGAGAUUGGAUUGUUUGCGCAGCACCAGACGGAGCCAAUGGAACGGGACAGAGUAUCCGACGGCCGCGUUCCAGCAGGGCCUCAGGGGACAAUCGAAGUUGGGGAGCUUGCCCCUGUGCCAUUGGGGACUGUGCACCUCUCCGUGGCGGAGUGGCAACAAGCGAACGCGCGGUCGGCCUUGAGUGGAGCGUCUGCAGGCCAGGCGCUGCAGACGGCAGUAACAGAGAUCCUGGGAUCCUCCGAUGGAGGUGCAUGGGCCCCUGCUGUAAUUGGAUUUGAACGGGAUAUAUCUGGGGCCUGGAGAGCCCUGAGGGACGGUGUGGUUGUACUGGAUACUGCAGCCGCAUCCGUCAAAGAGCGCUGGCAUCAAAUCACUGCGGAACGAGAGGGAGCCGCAGCUAGACGAAGGGAACAGCAACGCAACGCGAAGCUGCAGCUCGCCUAUAGGAAAUGGAGAACACUUUUCAAGGCCAUACUCUACGCAGCAAGCUCUCAGCAAGAGCCUCUGCACCAGCGCAUACACCAACAGGAACAGCAGCUGGUUCGUGCGGCGGCCGCAGCAACGGGCAACGCAGACCCCACGCCCCAUGCUGCCGCUGCAGUCGCUGCUGGGGUCCCUACUAGAGACACUGUGGGGCCUCCAACUCAGCUGCAUAUCCCGAAUAGGGAGGCCCACUGGGAAACGAUCUAG